AUGGACGCUGCACAAUUUAGCCAGUUUCUCCAGGCUAUGAGAGAUAUGAUGAGCUUACAAAACAACGUUGGUGCUGCUGCACAUGAUUCCAGUUCAAUUUCAACGACGAUUAUCGCUUCGAAUUUUGAGGUUUUCAAUCCAGAUAAUGAAAAUUUUCUACAAUAUAUAGAGAGAUUCGAGAACUUUUGUGCUUUGAAGAAUUUAACCGACCCAGUUAUUCAGAAGAGGACAUUCUUGAAUUCAAUCGGACCUAAUCUCUACGACAAAUGUAAGCAUUUUCUAGCACCAAGAACCAUUGAAGAAUCUAGCUAUACAGACAUUGUCAAAGUUCUCAAAGUGAAGCUCGCACCUUCUGUUAAUGUUCUCGUGGGUCAGCAUCGCCUCUUGAUGAGAGUUCAACAACCUAACGAAAGUUGUUCUGAGUACGUGGCUGCAUUGCAAAAACUAGCCAUCGAUUGUCAAUUGAACUGCUCAUGUGGGUUAUCCGUCACUGACUUGUUUUUGAGAGGACAUUUUAUUCGAGGACUUAGAGACAAUAGCAUUCGAGAGAAACUUUUAGAGACCGAUUUGGAUUUCAGUGCAGUGGUAACAAAAACUUUAGCUUAUGAGACAGCUAAGAUUAAUGCCAACGAGGUUGCUCAAUCUUAUACUUCAAUCAAUUCAGCACAGACGAACAUCAACUUAAUUUCAAAAUCCAGACGUGAAUCCUCAAAGAAAGCCGGGUCACGAACACAUUCCAGAAGAAGAAACACUUCCAGCAAAAGAAAUGCCAAUUACAGAGUUAAUUUUAGAGAAAUCGGAAUUGAUGAUCUGUGUAUCAGAUGUGGUAGGAACAAUCACAUGUCAACAGAUUGUAGGGUAGCGCCUGACAAACUGAGAUGUGGUUCCUGUCACAAACAAGGGCACGUGUCAAAAGUGUGCAUAUCUACGCUUGUCAAGAAUAAAAAUCACCAGUCAACAUCCAGAACUGUAUCAAACAUCACAGAUUACGCUGAUUUCCAAUCAAAUUUUGAUCAGAGCGAUCUAAAUCUCAACCAUAUGGAAGUCGUUGAUUUGUUUUCCACAAAUUUAACAACACAGAAAUAUGAAGUUGAAGUAUUUAUAGCCAACAAAGCCGUGAAGUUUGAAGUUGACUCGGGUUCCGGAUAUACCCUGAUUCCCAUUAAUAAAUUCGAACAGCUGAAGUUGAAUAUCAAACUCCAGCCAUGCUCUUUGAAGUUCAGAACGUACGACGCCGGUAUUGUGUCACCUCUAGGAGUCAUCGACGUUCCAGUGAAAUUCAACAACAUCGAAUCUGUUGAACAACUGUUCAUUGUACCGGAGGGGUUUUCAUCAUUGAUUGGUCGAACGUGGAUUCGGCGUCUGCAUAUAAGCCUUCAAGAAAUAGACAAAGUCAUCAAUCAGUCAAUCAAAAAUAUUAUUCAAGAUGUUUUCCAGGUAAAAUCAGUUGACCAAUUUGUGAAAUUAUUUCCAAAAAUUUUCGAGCAGUCAGUAGGCAAGAUUCCAGGUGUCAAGUGCUCUUUACAGCUAAGAAGUAAUGCAAGGCCAGUUUUCAUCAAAGCAAGAACCAUACCGUUUGCUAUUCGUGACAAAGUCGAACGUGAGCUUUCCAUGCUGGAGAAAGACAACAUAAUCACAGCCAUCGACAAAAGUGAUUGGGGAUCACCCAUAGUAGCUGUGCCAAAACCAGAUGGAAACGUUAGGUUAUGCUUUGACUAUAAAGUUGCUGUCAACAAACAGCUCACAGACGCGCACUACCCGAUUCCCCGAAUUGACGAAAUAGUGAACAACCUCAGGAAUUCAAGAUACUUCUGUAAAUUAGAUCUAUACAAAGCAUACCUUCAUAUUGAAGUAGAUGAAGUAAGUGCGAUGGUUCAAACAAUUUCGACGCACAAAGGCACAUUCAAAAUGAACCGCUUAAGCUUUGGCAUCAAAUCAGCUCCGAGUGAAUUUCAUCGAAUCUUGGACCAAAUUUUAAACGGCCUAACCGGAGUUGAUUCAUACUUCGACGAUAUCAUCGUACAUGGCGAAUCCCUAAGAGAAUGCGAAGAUAAUCUAUUGAAAUGCUUCCAGAGACUUCAAGACAAUGACUUGCAUAUAAAUAGAUCAAAAUGUAAAUUUUUUGCAACCAAGAUAUCGUACCUUGGUUACCUUAUAUCGUUCAAGACAAUUGCUAAAGAUCCAAAGAAAGUUGAAGCUAUUCUCGAUGCACGAAGACCAACUAAUGAGAAGGAACCCCGAUUCGCGAGCUACUCUGUAAGGAUUCCGGUUUUUUUCUGGUCAGCGAAAUGUGAAGCAGCAUUCAUCAAGCUUAAACAUUUGAUCGGAAGCGAACAGACGCUUGUUCCAUAUGACCCUUCACUGCCAGUCACUGUUGCUUGCGAUGCCAGCCCUGUGGGAGUAGCCGCUGUUCUUUCUCAUAUCAUCGAUGGAGUCGAGAAACCGAUCUGUUUCGUAUCAAGGUCCCUUUCAAAGUCUGAGAUGAAUUAUAGCCAAAUUGAUCGCGAGGCCUUGGCUAUUGUAUUUGCACUUGACCGACUUUUUACUUAUUUAUAUGGUAGAAAGUUUACGCUCAUCACGGACAACAAACCUCUGGCAAGAAUAUUCCAUCAUCAUAGUAAUUUGCCACCCAUGACAGCCGCUAGAUUGCUCAGGUACGCAAGUUAUUUGUCUAAUUUUAACUAUGAAAUAAUUCAUCGAAACGGCGACCGAAAUGUCAAUGCCGAUUAUUUCUCAAGAAAUCCGGUCAGUAAAACUUCCAAAGAACAUUCUACAAUCGAUGAUGAAAUCUUUCAGCUCCAAAACAAUUCAUUCAGCUACAUAUCUUCAACCAACGUCACUAGUCAAAUGAUAGCACAAGAAACAUCUAAGGACCCUGAUCUGACAAAAAUUAUAAAAGAAAUCAACGCCGGAACAAGCUAUUUACAGGAAUAUACACUUCAAGGUAACAUUUUAUUCCGAGAUUCACGAGUAUACAUCCCAAAAAUUUUUCAAAAGACAAUAUUGGACGAACUUCAUGUAACACAUCCAGGCAUAGUUCGCAUGAAACAGCUAGCGAGAAGAUACUGUUACUGGCACAAUAUUGAUCGAGAUAUUGAAAAAGUAGUACGGUCAUGUCAAGCCUGCGCCCUGAACCAAAAAUCUCCAGCAAAAGCCCCAACACAUCAUUGGGAAGAACCACAGGAAAAUUUUCAAAGAGUUCACAUUGACUACGCUGGACCCAAAAAUGGUAAUUUCUACUUUAUAUUAAUUGACGCGAAGUCUAAAUGGCCCGAAGUCAGAGCAAUUAAGAAAGCACCGGACACGUCCACAACAAUGUCUCUUCUAGAGGACAUAUUUUCCUUUCACGGUUAUCCAAAUUUCUUGGUAUCCGACAAUGCAACGAUUUUCAAAAAUCAGAUAUUCGAUAAAUACUGCAAGGACCGAGGCAUCACUCAGAUAUUCAUUGCGCCAGGACAUCCUGCAACCAAUGGACUUGCAGAAAGGUUUGUCCAGACAUUAAAAAUAAAGCUUGAAAAGAUGGAGAAUAACUCGGAUCAUCUAAAUCAAAUACUACAAUUAUUCCGAGCCACACCGUUGUCUUCUGGGAAAAGUCCAGCAGAGCUGUACCUGCAUCGUCAGCUACGUAUUCGUUUAGAUGCGAUAAGACCUACUAAAGAGUUACCAUCAACUGUUCCACAAAAUGGUACGAUACGUAGUCUCAAAACUGGUGACCAAGUAACUGUUCGAGUUUACAGAAACAAUAAACCAGCAUGGGAACUAGGAUUCAUCACGCAAAAGUUGGGCUCAUUACAUUACAUUGUUAAAUUAGACAGUGGUUAUAUAUUUAAAAGACAUAUUGACCAACUCAGACUCGUGAAUGUCCCAGCUCCGAAGCCAACAAUCCAGAAGACCCCAACUCAACAACCUAUCGUACAAGAUCGUCGGACAGUUUCAUUUUCAGAUCAUGAUGUCAUAGUGUGCCAUCAUCCGGUAUCUCAAGCACCAUCAUCAACACAGGCUGCAACUGAAACUCCAACUUCACGUCCUCAAGCAUCAGCAGAAGCUGUAACUAGAACUGUACCUCCACAUCCAGAGGUCCACACUCCACGACGUUCAGGAAGACAAACCAAACGCCCUAUUAGAUUCCAAUAUUAA